CUACAAAAAACGACCAAAACAAAGCGAAAAUCACAAUGAAAAAUAAUGUCAAACUCGGUUUUAAAGUUAAUUUUUGCAGAAAUCGAAGAAGAAGAGUUGUCGGAAUGAACCUCUGCUUAUUGACACAACUGGUUCAGAGUGGCAAAAAAUGCGGCGGUGUUCGUCGGACAAGAAAAACGCGUUCUCCGCAUUCCAUCCUUCCUCGGAUGCAUCGACCUUUGGCUAGGUCAAACGCUCGGAAUUCGAGUCUGUUCGAGAAUGCCGGGAGCAAAGGUCGGCGGAGAGAGGGUGAGGUGGUGUCAUGCGGCCGGUCUUUGUCGUCGAGAGCUUAUCACGCAGCGAACACGCCGUCCGCGACCCCGGUGACCAAAGUCGCAGCGAGAUUACGUACGAUUUCAUGCUCAAGAACAAGCUGAACCACCGCCGCGUCAAACACCUCCGCGCGAUGAACGAGCAACGAGUGGCCAGAGGCCACAAGCAGGCGGCCAACGGCACCAACGGCCACGGCCCUUCGCCGGUCGAGCUGCAGUUUGUCGGCAGAAUUCAUGAGAUUCCGGUGCUGGAUUCAGCAAUUUCGGCCGUUGGAAUUUUCUACGACCGCCUCAAGAAAAGCACCAAAGUGACAGAAUGGAGUUUCGGUGUGGCUGAAUCAAAGCUAAAUUCGGUGGCCACCUUCACCCUUUCCUCCCGUCCUCUGCAGUUGCCCAUUCACUUGGCCGACACGGCCGUUUGCUUCGGACUCGGCUUUGUCGAGGACAAUUUUCCAGCCAUCAAACAACGCCCUGAAGUGAUUUUGUCCAACAUGCGCGGUUUGGUGUCGGAGAAAGCCGAGGCCAUCGCUCGGCCGGUGCUCGUCAGAGCCAACUCGGUCAAGGAAGUGGCCGCCCGAGGAAUGCACUCGGCCUGCGACUUUAGCCUGCAGAGGGCCGACCAGGCCAUGAACACCAGGGUUGGCUCCAUCGCUGCCGAGUCCAUCGACGUCGGACUCGAACUGGCUGAGCAGUUGAUGGACACUUACUUGCCACCAGAGUCCUCUGAUGAGGCUAUUUUCAAAGAUGGUGAGGACGAGACUGAUUUCAAGAAAAAUCCUUCCCGAGAUCCGCAUCGAGCUCUGCAAACUGUGCAUCGGGUCGACAGACUCACGCGCACCCUCCAGCGCCGUCUGACCAGGCGCACCCUUGCUCAGGUCAAGUCGCUCAGGGAGCACGCCAUGGAUGCUGUGACCCUUUUGCUAGGCGUCGCCAAAAUUGCUGUAACUGAUCCGAAGGGCAGUGUCGAUUAUUUGGCCAAUUUGUGGCGCGAGCUGAGUCAAGACGAACCUGAGAACCAGCCUGCACCUGAGACCCUGGAGCAGAGAACCACCCUGUUGGCGAGGGAGAGCGCUCGUCGGCUGGUGCACGUGGUGAACCUCCUCACCGCCCUGCCCAUCGCUGCCUCCAGCAAGUUCUCACAUUUGCUCAUCGAAGUUCUGCAUAGUUUGCGGCUCGACGGAGCUGCCCACGUGUUGGCCGUGCAAACCAGGCGUCGCUUCGAACAGCUCCAGAGUUUCACCAAUCAGAUCAGCUCCAUUGCCUCCCAAAUCCUGGAAACGGUCGCAAACAAGAAAAUGGCUCACAACAAUCAUAUCUCACCUGAAAACGGUAACACUCGCUAGUAAAAUAUAAUUUAAAAUUUUUGAAUAGAAUCCAUCUCGGGGGUCACUUUUAGCAUUUUCUCAAUCCGCAACAUUUGUGCAUUUCAUCUCUCUCUUUAAAGAAAAUCGUGUUUUUAUAAGGAAUAAAUAAUAAAAAUGAAACA